CGCGGCAGGAAGUGAGGCGUUGGCUCCGCCCCCGUCCUCGAUAGCUCGCGAGACUUUGCCGAGGCUUUCCUCUUUCUUUUCGGCCGUCGACAUGCCAUCCAGACUAAGGAAGACCCGGAAACUUAGGGGCCACGUGAGCCACGGCCACGGCCGCAUCGGCAAACACCGGAAGCAUCCGGGAGGCCGGGGUAAUGCUGGUGGCAUGCAUCACCACAGGAUCAACUUCGACAAAUAUCACCCAGGAUACUUUGGGAAAGUUGGUAUGAGGCAUUACCACUUAAAGAGGAACCAAAGCUUCUGCCCAACUGUCAACCUUGAUAAAUUAUGGACCUUGGUCAGUGAGCAGACACGGGUAAAUGCUGCCAAGAACAAGACUGGAGCUGCUCCUAUCAUUGAUGUGGUGCGAUCGGGCUACUACAAAGUUCUGGGGAAGGGAAAGCUUCCUAAGCAGCCUGUCAUCGUGAAGGCCAAAUUCUUCAGCAGAAGAGCUGAGGAGAAGAUUAAGGGUGUGGGUGGUGCCUGUGUCCUGGUAGCUUGAAGCCACAUGGUGGAGGAUUCAUUAAAUGUUAUCAAGUGCUUUUCUC